CCUGGAUGCUUCUGGCAUCAUCGCUGGCUGGCGCCAUGGAAAUCCAGGUCCCCGACGACCCGGUGGUCGCCCUCUUUGGCCAGGACGCCACCUUGCGCUGCGCCUUCUCCCCCGGCGCCAACUUCAGCCUGGCCGACCUCAGCCUCAUCUGGCAGCUGACGGACACCAAGCGGCUGGUGCACAAGUUUGCGGAGGGGCGGGACCAGCUGGCCAACCAGGGGCGGGGCUACGCCAACCGCACCACCCUCUUCUAUGACCAGCUGCCCCGGGGCAACGUCUCCCUUCUCCUGCGCCGCGUGCAGAUCGCCGACGAGGGGAGCUUCACCUGCUUCGUCCGAGUCCGUGACUACAGCAGCGCGGCCGUGGCGCUUCAGGUGGCAGCUCUCUACUCCAAGCCCAACCUGAGCCUGGAGCCCAACAAGAACCUGAAGCCCGGAGACCCGGUCGCCGUGACGUGCCACGCCUUUUCCGGGUACCCCGAGGCGACGGUGCUGUGGCGGGACAGCCGGGGCCACAACCUCACGGAGAACGUCACCACCUCGCAGGUGGCCAACGAGGAGGGCCUCUUUGACGUGCGGAGCGUCCUGCGGGUGGCACUGGAGCCGCAGAGCACCUACAACUGCCUAGUGAAGAACCCCCUGCUGGGGCAGGAGGCCCACACCUCCGUCACCAUCACAGGUCAGCAUCUCGUGUUUCCAGCUGUGGCGCUCUGGGUAAGCGUGGGACUGGCCGUCUGUGUCCUCGUUCUGUUGGGCGCCCUGGCCUAUGUGUGCCAGAAGAAAAUCCGGCAGAGUUGCAAAGAAGAGAAAGAGAAUGCCGGAAUAGAGGAACAAGAGGACGGAGAAGGACCCAAGACAGCUUUGCAGCCUCUGAAGAACGUGGAAAUCAAAGAAGACAUCAGGGAGGAAAUCGACUGACACAAACGGAAGGGGGU